CGCAGUAUUCUUAUGGGACUCUGGGUCGUCCGUUGGUGAAAUCAGCGGAAUGUGCAAGUCGAUCAAUGGCUGUGACUACAAGCAAACUCGUCCAUUCAGGAUAGCUGCUGCUAGUGAGGAUUAUUCUGUAACAUUCUUUGAGGGGCCACCUUUCGAAUACAAAACCACCAUUGAUGAGCACACAAAUUUUGUUAAUACUGUCAGAUAUGCGCCAGAUGGCUCUGUCUUCAUAUCUGGUGGGGCAGAUGGAAGGGCAUUCAUUUUUGAUGGAAAAACUGGAGAGAGGCUUGGGGAGUUGGGACUACCUAGAACAGCUCACAGAGGAGCCAUUAAUGCUAUCUCCUUCAGUCCUGAUAGCAAAGAAGUGCUGACAGCAUCGGCUGAUAAAACCUGCAAAAUAUUUAAUUUGGACAGUUAUGAAAAUCCCCAAUGUGUCGUUGUAUUCCCUAUGGGCAGAAAUCUUGAAGAUAUGCAGGUGGGCUGUCUCUGGCAGGUCGACUACCUCAUCUCUGUAUCUCUGUCUGGACAUAUUAACUACCUUGAUAGGGACAACCCAUCUCAGCCCUCCAGGAUUAUCAAGGGCCACAAUAAAGCAAUCACAGCCCUAGCUCUGACAGAAGACCGCAGUAGUGCAUUCACCGGGAACAUCGAGGGCCAAAUCCUCAAGUGGGACAUUAACAAUGGUCAGUGUGAGGAAAUGAAGGGGGAUUGGGGACAUUUGAACGAGAUUCAGGAUCUGCAGAUAAAAGAUGGCGUCCUCACGUCUAUUUCCCUUGAUGAAACACUCCGAUUAGCAACAGUUGAAUCUGCAGAAUAUAAUUCAGAUCCAAUGGUUUUGGAGUCUCAACCAAGGAAAGUAUCGGUUGGGCCUGAAGGGUUAUCUGUAGUGGCGUGUUUGAAGCAAGUGUAUGUCUUGAGGGAUGGCGAAAAGGUGUUCACUCUCAAAGUUGAUUAUGAAACUCUGUCUGUAGCAAUUCAUCCGAGACUCACAGAAGUUUAUGUCGGAACAGACCGUGGUAUACGUGUGUACAACCUGGAUGGUGACACGCUAUCCGAGUCCGAAACGAUGUCAAAAUACUUUUUUGGUGAACAUGUCCUCAACUUUUCUCCAAAUGGUGAAUACCUUGCAAGUGCAGAUAACAAGAAUCAAGUACGGAUCUUAAAACUGGAUUCAGGUAAUGAGUAUCUGGGUAAGGGCCACUCUGCCAAGGUAAACACCAUUGCAUGGGCACCAGACAGCUCUAGGCUUGCCACUGGUUCUGUUGAUGCCAGCAUAGUAAUAUGGAAUUCUGAAGAUCUAGGCGACAGUAUUACUAUCAGAGGAGCUCAUGGCCCCAGGACAGAUAUCACCGGGGUGGCAUGGUUGGAUGAUAACACCCUCAUCUCUGUGGGUCGACAGGAUUGUUGUAUUAAGAAGUGGAAGAUUCACACAUAACCGGAGGAUUCUCUCCACCAAUAUGAUGUUAGUGGAACGUUCAAGGAGGAUUGCCCCAGGGUUCCAACUCGAUAUUUUUUAAUCUCUCGCUGAUUUCAACGGAAAUGUUCACACGAAUGAACUGCAAGGAGAAUGGCUG